AUGGACAAAGAAGAAAACACAAAUCUGGACGUAGAAUAUAAACGGUAUUUACAAAUUUUAAAGCCAUACUUAGAACAAUUACUUGAUCAAGAAGACAUUCAACUGUGUAAUGCUUGGAUUCAGAGGUUGUCUGACUGCAAGGCAGAAGAAAAAAGCCUUCGUAAUAAAUACCUUUUUAUACUUUGCUUUCAAUUAGCUAAAGGUGUUCUCAGUGAACCCUUCAAUGAUCACCCUCCAUCUAACGAACUGCCUAUGUUGCUUGAAGAAGAGAGCAGUGACGAUUCCUUUUUAGAAUUGGAUUGUCCUGUUACGAAUUCUGUAAAUAAUAAUGCUGAAAUAUUUUCUAAUAAUUCAAAAUCAUUAGCUGAUACUGCGUUCCAGUCGAAUAACAGUGAAAUUACUGUAUGUACAAGUAAAGUAAUAACAAAUUUAACAAAACCUAAUAAAGAAAUGCAAGACAUAAAGACUCUAACAGAAAACUUGUUAUUCUCUUCAAAUUCAACACUGGCGAAUUAUAUGUGUUUACCAGAAAUUUUGAAAGAUUUAUCAAAUUUUACUGAUUCUGAGGAUGAUGUUUAUUUAAGAGUAAACAAACUUGUGGAGAAAUUGAGGGAGAUAAAAAACCAAAAUUCAAUGUUACGUAAUGAAUUACAAAUUCUCAAAGAUGGAUAUAAAAUUGAAAAAGAUAUUUCUUCAGAGUUACAAAAAGAUGUAUUAAAAAUUCAUUGUGCAACGAAUACUACUACCAGUGUUUGCAAUAGUGACUCUCAGACUAACUAUUUAAAUUGUAACUGCAAGACAAUGGUAGUGGAACUUCAAAAGAAACUUGACAACUUUAACGAAUUGAAGAAAUUAGAAAUUGAGAAGCUGAAACAUGAACAUGAAAAUAAUAUAUUAAAAGCAGAAAGUUCCAUUCAAGAAGAAAUGCGAAAUAAUUACGAAAGGAAAUUACAAAACCUAAAAGAAAAAUAUGAAUUGAAAAUAAUAGAAACAAACAAUAAGCAUGCGGCUGAGAUAAGGCAACUGAAAACUAUUCACGAUGAAAUCCUUCUAGAAAAAGAAAACGCAAUAGCUUUAAAAAAUAAAGAAAUGAUGAAUUUACGUGCUGAUCUUGAAGAAAUAAAAGCUCAUAACUCUAUUUUAAGAAAUAACUUCGUCAAAAACAGUACAGAUUUUAAUUCAGAGUCAUUAAAAGAAAAGGUUCAAGAAUUAGAAAGACGACUGUACAAAACAGAGAAGUCUAGAAAUAAGCAUGCUAAAGUAUAUCAAAUUCAAAUAGCUAGUUUACAACGUGAGAAAAAUCUACUUGAAAGUACUUUGCAUCUGCAAUUGCUGAAACAAAGAACUGAGUUAAUAACUGAAUUAACUGAAGAAAAUCAAAAAGAGUUGACAACAACCAUAGAAAAGUUGGAGGAAAAGUAUAAAGAAAUAGUUGCUAAUGUGCAAACAGCGGCGAUACAAAGACUAAUACAAGAUCAAAAAGCUCUUGAAACAAUUAUUCAAACAGUUUACCGUAAUCGAUUAAGUAGUAGUCAUGCUACUUAUACAGCAGACGAAAAGUUAAACUUAAAACCUACCAAAAUACAAAACGACAAAAGAGACGAAUUUCGUGUAUUUAAAUGUUGCAAUAGAGCAACUUCUGAAGAUAAGAAUAUACCUAAUCUAGAGGAUAGUUUACUGACGGGAUUUUGUUUGGAUGAAGCGAAAUUAGAAGAAUUGUUUGAAAGAGUCCAUAUCCCUCAGAGAGAUACGGGAGAAGAUCCGUCGGUAUCUUAA